ACUAUAAAUUUGUUUUUAUUUAGUCUGAUAAAAACAAGAAAAUUAUGAGUAGUUAUAUCAUUACAGUCAGGCUGAUUCGUUCAUUUGAGUAUCGAAAUAUACGGAAUGUAGUGUAUCAUCAUGUUGAUUUGAAUCAAACUGGACUAGAAUUUAUAAAUUUCGUGAAGGAAGACAUUUUAAAAAGAACAGAACUCCCAGCACCUUUUCGUAAACACUUGUAUAACGCUAUGAAAAUUGAGCAAAAACAGUUUGGAUCCAAAACCAAUGAUCCAGUCAUAAACAAUGAUAAUGACGAGGAGCUUAGGAUUUGUGAGCACAAAACACUUAUCGAAUGUGGUGUAGGAAAUGAAACGGUGAUAUCAUUUUACAACAAUGAAGAAUACGAGAAAUACAAGCACAACCCACAACACUUGUGGUAGAGAUGGUGUAUAGUGGACAGAGGGAGUGUGUACAAAUUGCUUCACACACGCCCUUCGUCCACCAUUCUUUUUCAAGAUUGUUAUCAAGCUGGGCGUUGUUAUCAAGUUGGGCGCUAUUUGUAGAAAAAAAGGAUUGUGGGGCGUAUACUGGAUUGAUGGCGUAUGUAGAAAUUCCUUUGUGACCUAAGAUUUGUUAUUAAGUU